GGUAGUCAGCUGACAGGGGUUUGGGAGGAAUUCGCCUGAAACGGUUCACGAUGAAAUCUGGAUCCGUUACAGAAGCGAGUCCGUGGAUCUGAUGACUCCCCCCACAGAGCUGUGUUAAGAAGAAGAAGAAGAUAGACGAAGAAGAUAGAAGAAGAAGAAGAAGAAGAAGAAGAAGAAGAAACUUCCUUCAGAUUUGUGUCUUCUUCUUCGUCGCUUGUUGACGCUUUUGCUGCCGCGAAACGUCCCAAAAUGUCUCCGAAUUCCCGGUUUUCGGCCAUUUUCUGGUUCACAACAGGGGUUUUGGCUUCCUACGCCCAGGAGUGUGGCCGACCCCCGCUAACGGAGAACCGGAUCGUGGGGGGCAUGGACGCCCAGGAUGGGGCUUGGCCCUGGCAGGUGGACUUGCAGACAGACCGUGACGGUCAUAUCUGCGGAGGCUCCAUCAUCACGGAGAACUGGGUCCUAUCAGCCGCGCAUUGUUUCCCCAAUCCAUCGGACGUGAGCGAUUACAUCAUCUACGCUGGCCGGUACCAGCUGAAUGGCUUCAACCAGCACCAGUCAUCGCAUCGCGUGAGACAGGUGGUGAUCCCAUCCGGUUACAACGAGCCUCACAACGGGAAGGACGUGGCGCUGGUGCAGCUGAAAAGCCCGUUGACCUGGUCGGAUCACAUUCGUCCCGUCUGUUUACCGGCAUCAAACACGCUGUUCCCAAGUGGCAUGGAGUGCUCCGUCACCGGCUGGGGGAACACCAGGGACGACGUCCCUCUGUCAGGAGUGGGGACACUGCAGGAGGUGCAGGUGCCAAUCAUCUCUCAGGGUUCAUGUCAGAGCAUGUACCAGACGAACCCAUCGGACCAGGUGGACAUCCUGUAUGACAUGAUCUGCGCUGGAUACCAGGAAGGCGGCAAGGACUCCUGCCAGGGUGACUCAGGAGGGCCUCUUGUGUGCCGGAUGAUAAAUGGUACAUGGGUGCAGGCCGGGGUGGUGAGCUUUGGACUGGGCUGUGCUCACCGAAAUAAGCCAGGUGUGUACACCAGAAUGACCAGCUACACGAGCUUCAUCAGCAACACGAUACCAGAGAUCAGGCUGUACGGCCGAGCGGAUCAGAACUGGUGUGGGAGGGCUGCCAUCGUGGUCAGUUGCCUGUCCUCUCUACUGAUCCUGCUUCAGAAAUAAACCCUGAAAACUGGAUUUUUGGGAGGAAGGAUGUAAUCCAGGUCAAUCGUAAAUGUUGACCGAUGUCCAAAGUGAUCCUGAAUAGUUCACCUAAUGUGAUGUGCACAUGGAGCCAUAUUUAAUAUUGAGUGUCUUAAACAUUUUUUGUAAUGAAAUUGAUUUAUCUUUUGAGUCACAGUAGCUUUGAUAGGUUUGUAUUUUAAAUCAGAAAAAAUGGCUAAAUAAAUUAUGUCUUCUAUAUUUGAAAUAAAAUGCUAAUUUGAUUAUUGAAAUCAUCUCGGUGCUCUUUUAACCUCUAAGCUGUUACUGUAUGAAUCAAUUUCUGCUCUCACCUGUAAAUGUUUCCCUUUGAUUAUGUAUUACGAAAAGAAUAAAACAAUUUCUGUGCACAGCC